AAUUCCACAGACAGCGAUCAAACACACCUGCUACAAGUGAGAUGAGGAGGAACAUGAUGCUCUCUACUGCUGCUGGCUGGCUGCUGCUCACAUUGGUCACACCCGUACUGUCGUUAGAAGAUGACAUCAUGACCUUCGGCAGCGUUGUCAAACUUCAGCACGUUCCCAGCAAGUACUUUCUCCACAGCCAUCAAAUUAGUUGGGGCUCAGGCAGUGGGCAACAGUCCGUAACAGCCCAUGGAAGUGCGGAUGAUCGGGGAGGCUUGUGGGUUGUAGCUGAGGGAGACAACGACCCGUUUAAAGAGGGAGGCUCCCCGGUGGCUUGCGGGACCGCCAUCCGGCUUGGACACAUGGAGACCUCCAAAAACUUGCACUCGCAUUUUUUUUCAUCCCCUCUUUCAAACCAGCAAGAGGUCAGCUGCUUCGGGGACGGUGGGCGCGGGGAUAGUGGGGAUAAUUGGGAGGUAGUAUGCAUGGCCCCUGGUGCUAAAUUCUGGCGAAGGGGGGACGAGGUCCGAUUCAAGCACAAGGACACGGGUCGAUUCCUGCAGACGGAGGCCAAGCAUCGGUUUACGCAGAAGAAUUGCCCAAACUGUCCAAUUGUGGGCCAACAGGAGGUCUUUUGCCACCAGACCGGUGGAGCGGAGACAGUGUGGAAGGCUGUUCAAGGCAUCUUCAUCCACCCUCGGAGCGACGAGGACAGCGGGCACGAUGAGCUUUGAUGCGGAUAGGAUGAAGCUGUCAGACAGAGUAUCAAUAGAACGAAAGCCGAUGUAGCACGAAGGGUGCCGUCCCGACCGGGAGAGGCCUUGAAAGUCAUGAUGCAACGCAGAUCUUGAAAUCAGUUGUGGUCAGGAUCAAUUAAAGUAAACUAUACAGGGGUGCGCAUAAAAGAAAAGAAAAGUAAGCCCUCAAUUCUUCAUA